GAUGGUUCAUUAUAAGAGUAUAUUUGGAGCUAUUUCAACGGCUGCUGCCCUAACUGUCUAUACAUAUGACACGUCUGAAUCUCAGAAUGAAAUCACAAAUCCUCAAUCGUUCAUAGAUAGCUUAUAUGGACAACUCGUUCAUUCCCCACAAUCCAAUGAAUACAAGAUGAGUAUGAUGGCUGCUGGUGAAAUUACAUUUGAAGACCCUAAAAUAGUUGAAUUUGAUUUGGAGCACAUGGAAUUGGGAGAGUUUGUCUCCAAGCAGGCCGAAAUUGAAAAUGCAGCCAAACACCAGUUUGCUCAGAAAACCCAUGAGUCUUAUCUCAAAUAUCAAUCAGCGAUAAAACUACCACCAGAUGAUGACACUGAAGACAUUGAUGGAGUGCGUACCCUCUUCGGAGGUAUUAUGACAUUCGGUGGGUUACCACACUUGAAUUGUUUCAGUAAACGAGAGGAUGAUUUGAAUAGCCCAGUCGAUAUUGCUAUAGUUGGUGCACCAUUUGACACAGCAGUUUCUUUUCGCCCUGGAGCUAGGUUCGGCCCAGAAGGAAUACGUCUGGGGGCUCGAAGACUUGGAGGGGCCACAAUUGUACGCUCCAAUGGUCAUUCUAAUACCAAUUUAACCAAGAUUAAUCCAUAUGACAAACGGUCUCACAAUUUGUCGAUAGUGGACUGUGGAGAUGUACCUUUAACUCCUUUUGACAACCGUAUUGCUUUGAACCAGUUGUACAGAGGUGAAAGAGCUAUACAUAAGCAUCCAAGCAAAAACAACCAAAACAAACCCAAGAUUAUCACUAUGGGAGGUGACCACACUAUCACUUUAAUGGCACUUAAAUCUGCCUACGAGCAAUACGGAAAGCUCAACGUUAUCCAUUUUGAUAGUCAUAUUGAUACAUGGAACCCCAAAGUUCUAGGAGGUGGGAUCUCUCACUACAUGAGCUUAAAUCAUGGAACGUUUCUUCAUUAUGCUGCUGAACAAGGUUAUUUGAACACUUCAGGUUGUUUCCACGUGGGCUUGCGGGCCCCUUAUAUUGAUGCUGGAUACGACGAGAAUCACGAUCGUGAUUGUGGAUUCAAAUCAAUUACCGCUCGAGACAUAGACCAUCUUGGUAUCUAUGGAAUUGUCGAUAAGCUUUUGGAACAUGUUGGUAAAGUUGCCCCAGUGUAUAUCACCGUGGAUAUAGAUGUUUUAGAUCCAGCAUUUGCUCCUGCUACAGGUACAAUGGAAGUUGGAGGAUGGUCUUCAAGGGAACUUCUCAGUGUUCUUGAUGGACUUGAAGGUAUCAACUUGGUGGGUGCUGAUGUUGUUGAAGUGAGUCCUCCAUUUGACAGUAACAGUGAGAUCACUCAGUUGGCAGCCACUCAAGUCAUUGAUUCAUACUUAGGGUUAAUGGUAGUUAAAGAAGUCUCCUAAACUAAAUAAACAUGUAUAGAUCAUUUGUCCACCUGGUUAUCUCGCUGAUUGCAACCACUGUAUUUUGCGGCGCGAAAAUCUAGCCAGUUAAUCCAACACCGGCCAACAUGUGCAUGGUAAUUCCAAAAGGGGCUAAAGAUCCAAGCUCACCACGUGGAUUGGUGGCAACUGAUAGUGUACGAAAUAUCAUUUGUAUAGGAAUAAGUCAAUCUGAAAAGGAUCAAACAUUGUGCCCCCCACCUCCUUACAAGCCGGAAGGUAAUCCUAUUUGUUACAAUGAAAAAGGAGACGAUAAUAAUGACUCACUACCUUACCCGGUAACGCAUGUGCCGAAGAAGUACAAGUUAUACUGGCUCCAUAAGCUCAUUCUUCCGAUUCUGUUACUUUGUCUAAUGAUUUAUAAGUUUUACUAGUUAGCUUAAACGUUAAAAGAAUUAUACUAUUAAUACUAAUUUCAUGAUCGUUAUUACAAUACCCAUGUCACCACACGAGGAGGCUUUAUUCGCCUCUCAAAGCUCUUAUGACCGCAGGUCUCCUCAUCAUAUAUUUGGUCCAUUUGUACACUUCAGGGAAUUCAGACUUUAAAUUUAUACCCACUCGAUCCACCACAUUGUUCCAUGGCACAAAUGAUAAAUCUGCAAUGGUGGCUCUAUCUCCCACCAACCACACGGGGUAGUCAAAGUACCGGGACUGGGACAAAGGGGUGGUGCCGGCUGAAUAGGCAGCGGCAUUGUCCACAUCCAAAUCCAUGAUUAAUGCCUCUCUUCUUUCUGCCAAGGCCAUUUCUAUCACUCCAUAAACUCUUCUAACCUCAUCAGUGUAUCUCUCAACUGCAGAAGGAACUGGAGUCGAAUGGAAAUAUCUGAAAUGUAACGCUUGGCCAAUCAUUGGGGCAUGUCCACUGGUUUGAAAGAAUACCCAGGAACUAAUUUGUGAUUGUUCGACCAAGUUGUUGGACCAUAAUUUGCACUCUCCCUGUUCAUUCAAGUACUUGGAUACCAAGUACAAUACGAUGGCACCACUCUCCCAGAUGGAGGUGUUAUCGUUGUAAUGGUCUAUCAAGGCUGGAACUCUGGCAUUUGGAUUGAUAGCUACAAAUUCAGGAGCCCUUUGUUCACCUGAGUUAAAAUCCAAAAAAAUCGUAUUAUAGUUCAAGUUGAGUUCGCUUAAGAUGAUGGCGACCUUGAAACCAUUAGGAGCUGACCGGUGGCUGAACAAGGUGAACCCUUCUGUUGGUUGAUUCUGGAAGAAGGCAGAUAUUCUGGAUAUCUGGGUUUGGUCAUUGACUUCGUUGGUUAAAUGCUGUUGUAAGAUGGUAGUAUCUCUAAGUUGCUGUUCUGAAAUGUUGACAUUUUUCAAACCUGCUGAUAAAUUGGACACGGUCGACAUAUGCUCCGGAUUGCCAGCCAUGAUAUCAAUAACUGUAAAAGCUAUACAACGUAAGUCUAUAGUAGUUCAACAC